AUGGGUUUUCUCACUGUCAGUCUUUUGCUUUUUAUCUUGGGUGUUAUGUUUUUCCUUGACAGAGCCUUAUUAGUGAUGGGAAAUUUAUCAUUUUUGAUUGGACUUUGUUUAUUGAUAGGAGUUAAAAGUACGUUAUCCUUCUUCCUGAAGAAAGGCAAAAUUAAGGGAAGCAUUUUCUUUUUUUUGGGAUUCUUUAUCAUUGUUUUCCUUAGAUUAUCAAUAGUUGGAUUUCCAUUGUAAAUUUAUGGACUUUUCCAGAUGUUUAAGUCUUUCCUUCCAUUCCUAUAUGAUAGUGCAACCAAACUACCUAUUAUUGGCAGAUAUCUAAGAAAUCCGCAAUUAAAGAAAAUGGUUGAUGAAGUGUCAGCCAAAGGCCCCAUCCGUAUGAGAUAGAUAAAUUUAAUAUUAUUGUUAUUUGAUAAUUUAAGAAAUCUUCUUAAAAUUUUACUUCUAUCUAAAAUCAAUUAUUUCAUUUGUUGUAACUAUUAGAAACUCCAAAUAAUUUAAUGGAAACAAAACUUGGACAUAUUAAAAAGCUAAUAGAUAUAUAGAACUUCAAUAUAUUGA